ACGACAGGGCUAGCUCCGUUCGCAUCUGGUAGCUGGAGAAGAAGAAAACACGGCAUUCCGACCUGCUUCACUCACUGGAUAACAAAAUAAGCGGCAUAUCCAGAUCAGGAAUAUUACACCUUUGAUGUCUGGAGAAUUAUCGAGAGGGAUUUCAGAAAGACACAAAUCCCUGACUGUGGGGACGAUGAGGGGACCCAGACCAGUCUAACCUGUGGUGGACCAACCAGAGGCUUCAGGAGAGGAAGGCUUUAACGCCGUUGGCGCCAUGAACAUACCCUGCUGUCCACGUGACACCAGACAGCUCUGACACACUCCUCCUCAGCGCUCUCUCUCUUCCUCCCCUUCUCCCCCCCCCCCUUUCCCAAAAACGACAUCUAUAAAACACGCCCACAGAGACUGACAUACGUUUCCUAAAAAGCUACAUCUGGAUUCCAGGGGAUUUCUCUUUGGAAUAAGGAGUUGAGUUGGGGAACGGAACGCUGUGAUAAAAUUAUCGUAAUUCCCCCUAACCGUCCGCUGGCCUCGUUUUUCCCAGUCAGUCCCAGAGGUACCAACCAAUGGAGAGACGGAGAAGAGAGUCAGGAUAAAGCAGCCAAGAAGUAAAGCAAAAAAAAAGAAACUGCCGAGCAGGGUUGGAAUCUGGAAUUGGGUCCUGUGAGGGUUUUGCUUCUCUGACAUAUCCCCCAGCCUAGAGGAGGAGUCAGCCUAGAGGAGGAGUCAGCCUAGAGGAGGAGUCUGCCUAGAGGAGGAGUCAGCCUAGAGGAGGAGUCAGCCUAGAGGAGGAGUCUCUGCCUAGAAGGAAUCAGACAUAACAACUAUUGUUUACACUUAACAAAAACGAAACUACAGCAGCUGCAGCUGUAGCUAGUCUAGGCCGAGCUACGUCACUGUGUGGAGGAUUUGAACCAAUAGCAGGGUUAUUAGGAUUGGGAUUGUAACCAUGACGAGUGGAUUGAGGUUUUCCGCUUUGCUCAUGGGGCCCUUGGUGUUCCUCAGUCUGCUGGUGACAGCCCGGGCGCUGGAGUUCGGCGGGGCCCCCGGCCAGUGGGCCCGCUACGGGCGCUGGGAGGCGGGCUCGCUGGGCGAGCUGAGCUUCAGCCUCAAGACCAACAUCAGCAAGGCUCUGUUGCUCUAUCUAGACGACGGCGGCAACUGUGACUUCAUGGAGCUCCUGAUCGCUGGAGGGCGCCUCCAGCUGCGCUUUGCCAUCCACUGUGCCGAGCCCGCCACUUUACACAUGGAAACCCAGGUCAACGACGACCGCUGGCACAUGGUGCUCCUCACCCGCAACUUCCGCGAGACUCUGCUGAUGGUGGACGGCGAGACCAAGAUGGCGGAGGUCAAGUCCAAGCGGAAGGAGAUGGCGGUGGUCAGCGACCUGUUCGUGGGCGGCAUCCCGCCCGACGUGCGCCUCUCAGCCCUCACCUCCAGCACGGUGAAGUACGAGCCCCCGUUCCUGGGCCUGAUCUCCAACCUGAAGGUGGGAGAGACACCCCCCACCCUGCUCAACAGCCAGGGCAUCCAGAGUGACAUGGAGUACCUGUGCACCAAGCAGAACCCCUGCCUCAACGGAGGUUUCUGCUCCAUCCAGUAUGGCGAGGUACACUGUGACUGCACGCACACUCGCUACAAGGGGAAGUACUGCAAGGAAGCAGAAGAGUAUGCUGUUGAAGGUCUGGCGCACCUGACGUUAAACAACCAAGGGGACUCAUCGCAGGCCGGGAAGGAAGUGUCGGUGGCCACAUUCAAGGGGAACGAGUUCUUCUGCUACGACCUGUCGCUGACGCCCAUCCAGAGCAGCACGGACGAGAUCACGCUUUCCUUUCGCACGCUGCAGCGCAACGGCCUCAUGCUGCACACGGGCAAGUCGGCCGACUACGUCAACCUGUCGCUGAAGAGCGGCGCCGUCUGGUUGGUCAUCAACCUGGGCUCGGGCGCCUUCGAGGCGCUGGUGGAGCCCGUCAAUGGGAAGUUCAAUGACAACGCCUGGCACGAUGUUCGCGUCACCCGCAACCUGCGCCAGCACGCAGGCAUUGGACACGCUAUGGUGACCAUAUCAGUGGAUGGUAUUUUGACCACUACUGGUUAUACCCAGGAGGACUAUACCAUGUUGGGAUCAGAUGACUUCUUCUACAUUGGGGGGAGUCCCAAUACUGCAGAUCUGCCCGGAUCACCCGUCAGCAACAACUUCAUGGGCUGCCUCAAAGACGUGGUAUACAAGAAUAACGACUUCAAGCUAGAACUCUCCCGGCUGGCCAUCGAGCGGGACCCUAAGAUCAGCCUGAACGGAGACCUCGUCUUCCGCUGUGAGGACGUGGCCGCCCUGGACCCCGUCACCUUUGAGUCCCCCGAGUCCUUCAUCGCCCUGCCCAAGUGGAACACCAAGAAAACAGGCUCCAUCUCCUUCGACUUCCGCACCACAGAACCCAGCGGCCUGCUCCUGUUUAGCCACGGGCGCACCCAGGGUCCUAAAGAGCAGAAACCAGGUCGUGACAUGAAGUCAGACUACUUCGCCAUGGAGCUGUUGGAUGGGUUUCUCUACCUGCUAAUGGACAUGGGAUCUGGGAGUAUCAAGCUGAAGACCAGUAAUAAGAAGGUGAACGACGGGGAGUGGUGCCAUGUGGACUUCCAGAGGGAAGGGAGGAAAGGCUCCAUCUCAGUGAACAGCCGCAGUAUCCCCUUCAACUCCAACGAGGGCAGUGAGAUCCUGGACCUGGACAGCGACAUGUUCCUGGGGGGUCUCCCCGAGACCCGUUCUGACCUGGUGCUGCCCCCCGAGGUCUGGACCGCCCUGCUCAAUUACGGCUACGUGGGCUGCGUCCGAGACCUCUUCAUCGACGGCAAGAGCCGCGACGUGCGCCGCCUGGCCGAGAUCCAGAGCUCCCCGGGCGUCAGCAGCUUCUGCACCCGCGAGCUUCAGAAGAGGUGUAGCAGCACCCCCUGUGGGAACGGAGGCCUGUGUAAAGAGGGAUGGAACCGCUACAUCUGCGACUGCACCGGCACCGGCUACCUGGGCAGCAACUGUGAAAUCGAGGCGACGGUGCUGAGCUACGACAGCAGCAUGUACCUGAAGAUCCUCAUCCCAGGCACCAUGCACACCGAGGCAGAGGACGUGGCGCUGCGGUUCAUGUCCCAAAGGGCCUACGGCCUCCUCAUGGCCACCACCUCCAAAGAGUCCGCCGACACCCUGCGGCUAGAGCUGGACGGUGGCAGGGUCAAGCUGACCGUCAACCUAGAUUGUAUCAGGAUAGACUGUAACCUCAGUAAAGGCCCCGAGACGGUCUUCGCCGGCCAAAAGCUCAACGACAACGAGUGGCACACGGUGAAAGUGGUACGCAGAGGAAAGAACCUCCAACUCUCUGUGGACAAUGUGACGGUAGAAGGCCAAAUGACAGGCGCCCACACCCGUCUGGAGUUCCACAACAUUGAGACGGGCAUCAUGACAGAGCGCCGCUUCAUCUCCGUGGUGCCCUCCAACUUCAUCGGUCACCUCCAGGGCCUGACGGUCAACGGCGUGCCCUACCUGGACCAGUGCAAGAACGGCGACAUCUCCUACUGUGAACUCAACGCUCGCUUCGGCAUGCGCCACAUCAUCGCCGAUCCGGUGACGUUUCGAACGAAAGCGAGCUACCUGGCGUUGGCUACUUUGCAGGCCUACGCCUCCAUGCACCUCUUCUUCCAGUUUAAGACCACCACGUCGGACGGCCUGUUGCUCUUCAACUCGGGGGACGGCAGCGACUUCAUCGUCGUGGAGCUGGUCAAAGGUUACGUCCAUUACGUCUUUGACCUCGGCAACGGACCGUCGCUGAUGAAGGGCAACUCGGACAAGCCUCUCAAUGACAACCAGUGGCACAACGUGGUGGUCUCCCGGGACGCCAACAACGUGCACACGCUCAAGAUCGACUCCCGCACCGUCACGCAGCACUCCAAUGGAGCCCGCAAUCUGGACCUCAAAGGGGAGCUGUACAUCGGUGGCGUAGGGAAGAGCAUGUACAACAGUCUGCCCAAGCUGAUUGCGUCCCGGGACGGGUACCAGGGCUGCCUGGCCUCAGUGGACCUCAACGGGAAACUACCAGACCUGAUCGCAGACGCCCUCCACAGGAUGGGCCAGGUGGAGCGAGGCUGCGACGGACCUAGCACCACCUGUACGGAGGACUCCUGCUACAAUCAGGGGGUGUGUCUCCAGCAGUGGGAGGGCUUCUCCUGCGACUGCACCAUGACGUCCUAUGGAGGCUCCUUCUGUAGCGACCCUGGGACAACCUACAUCUUCGGGAGAGGAGGAGCCCUCAUCACGUACACCUGGCCCCCCAACGACCGGCCUAGCACGCGGGCAGACCGGCUGGCGGUGGGCUUCAGCACGCAGCUCAAGGAGGCCGUGCUGCUCAGGGUGGAGAGUGCCAAGGGACUGGGAGACUACCUGGAGCUGCACAUAGAACAGGGAAGGAUCGGCGUCAUCUUCAACGUGGGAACAGAUGACAUUGUCAUCGAGGAGAGCGCGGUGAUGGUGAGCGACGGAAAAUACCACGUGGUGCGCUUCACACGCAGCGGUGGCAACGCUACCUUGCAGGUGGACAGCCAGCCUGUCAUCGAACGCUUCCCCUCAGGGAACUUUGAUAAUGAACGCCUGGCUAUUGCUAGACAAAGAAUCCCAUACCGGCUUGGUCGGGUAGUUGACGAGUGGCUACUCGACAAAGGUCGACAGUUGACCAUCUUCAACAGCCAGGCGUUCAUCAAGAUCGGUGGUGGUGGCGGCGACAAGGCCCGUCACUUCCAGGGCCAGAUCUCGGGCCUCUACUACAACGGGCUGCAGGUGCUCAAGCUGGCGGCCGAGGGCGACCCCAACGUGCAGGCCCAGGGCAACCUGCGGCUGGUGGGCGACGUGCCCUCGGUGCUCACCACAGACACCACCAGCACCACGCCGCUGGCCGACAUGUCCACCACCAUCAUGGAGACAACCACCACGAUGGCUACCACCACCACCCGCAAGCAGCGCUCCCCCACCAUGAGAGACAGUGUCACACAGAACACGGAUGACAUAUUGGUAGCGUCUGCUGAGUGUCCCAGCGAUGACGAGGACUUGGAGGAGUGUGAGCCUGGAAAUGACCCCACAUCCCCGGAGAGAGGAGGGCCUCCCGGCGCGGUAGAGGUGAUCAGGGAGUCCACCAGCACCACGGGCAUGGUGGUGGGCAUCGUGGCGGCCGCCGCCCUCUGCAUCCUCAUCCUGCUCUACGCCAUGUACAAGUACCGUAACCGGGACGAGGGCUCCUACCAGGUGGACCAGAGCCGUAACUACAUCAGUAACUCGGCCACGCAGAGCAACGGCACCCUGGUGAAGGAGAAGCAGCCGGGCACAGCCAAGACAACCACCAAGAACAAGAAGAACAAAGACAAGGAGUACUACGUCUGAGACUGGCCUAGCCAGAAACAGAGGACGAAAGGAGACGCACAGAGAGAGGGAGGGACGGAGAGGAGGAGAGAGGGAAGAGUUGAAGGUAUAGGUAGGAGAGAGGCUCUAGAUGAACUGACAACUGUAGAGUAAUGAGUCAAAUCUUUGUUGGCAGAGUUUGAUUUAGUUUAGUAUAGAGGUAACCUUACUGACAAAAUGACCUCCUAGCUUUCCUUCUCAACCCAUUUAGAGUCUACAGCAGAGAGAUAGAAGAUGAGAUUGGCAAAGAAACAUAUUUCAUUAGAUCUACACAUACUCAUUUUUAACCACAGUUAUUACAAAAAACGUGUGGUAUUUUUCUCCAUUACAGUAAUAUUUUUUUCUCACAUGGCCGUAUAAACCUUUUUUUUUUUUUUUUUUUUUUUUUAAACACAGAGAGACAAAGUCUUGGCUACAACAAAUGGCUGCCAAAUCUCGCUCAAUGCAACAUCAUUUUGUGCCAAUCGCCAGACCCAGAGCUCAUGCUACAAUGGAGCCAGCUAAUCCAGCAGCGUUUGAAAGGGUAUUGUAUUGUAUAUAGCCUACAAUCAGAGUUAAGCAUGGGGCUACAGAGAGACACAGAGAAGGAAGACCCACCAUCAGUGUUAGAGCAGAGGCCUAUUGUUUGCUAUCAGAUGCUAUGUAGCGGGUCUAAACAGUCAACAAGCUAACGGAGUCAAUCGUAAAUAUCUAAAUAGAUGGGUUUGUAUUGGAAGUUGAAACCCCACUGCUAGCCAAGUAUGAUAACACAAAAUGACUGCCAAUAUACAGAAACGAGGUGUCAAGUCUGCCUUCUUCCCUCCUCCAAGUAUUGAAACAUCACCUCGCUCCUCUCGUAAAGUCUCUCUCGUUCUCUCCCCCUCCCCUUCUCUUUCUCUCAAUGUCUGUGGUUCCCGAGGAGCUGAUGACACAUUCUUCUGCUGUGUUUCAAGCAUGUAGUAUUAAUUUACAAAAAAGAGAUGACUAUUUCUGUGGAGAAAAAAAAAUGAUGAUGCUGAUUGAUAACGUUUAACUAGCGUGUGAGAACAACAAAAGCUCCAACCAACCAACGGAUGCUACUUGUUACGUUUUAGCUGCAAAACCAACUUCUGAGGCCAAAACCCUGGGUCGUCUUUCAGUUUUCCAACAGAUAGGCUAUCCGUCAUGUGUUUUCUUCUGGGCUCCACGCAGCAUUUCCCCCUACCGAGCCCACUAAUGCGGAGGAACCAGCUCACGUCGUUACUAUCAAACACAGACCAGAAACCAACCUCCAGCAGACAAACUGACUUUGUUCUAAAUAAAUAUAUAUAUGUAUAGAAGUUUCAGAGAAAAAAAAACUAUGGACCUAACUGAGAGCAUAAGAGGAGAAAUUCACCCGAAUGCGUGUGUAUCAGUGGACUGGGUGAUAAAUAACAAAUUUGAUGGACUAUUGAUACUUUGACGUGAGACCGAUCCCCCCCCUCCCCCCACACCCACCAAUCAUACAUACUAUGACCAACUUUCAUCGACAGUGGGAAACGCAGGUUUCUUUCCCUCAAAAAAUGCGAGACAUUUGAUGGAAUUUGUGAAUUAAUUUGCUGGAGUCCCACUUUCGCCCCCUAGUGUUGGGGGGAAAGCGUACGUUACCUUGGAUCUGCGUUCUUGCCUCUCAUUGGUCAAGACUGAUAACAGCCAAUGAGGGCAAGUCUAGUGAAAAACAUUCAAUGAAAAAAAUAAUUACAGAACAAGGCAAACAGCAGUUCCCUUGCAGAUGGACAAGAACUCUAGUAUUCCAAUUUUCUCAACUAUUAAAAAAGAAAACUGUACCAUGAAAAGAAAAGAAAAACCUCAAAAAAAAAGUUUGUGCAAUGUCUAAAUAUUUGAAUCUCUCAUCCCAUUACUAAGAAAAUAUGUGUUUUCCCUUCCUGUUUAGAGAAAAAAGUAUGACAAAGAUAAUUGAUUCUGGGAAAUUGGAAAUUGAUAUAUAAUUGGUAAUUGAGCAACUGUGAUUUGGGUUACAAACAUAAAACCAUGUUUUCUCCUUGUCAGUACGGAGAAAAGAUACUUUCCUCUCCAUCCCUCCUGCUGCCACCUCACUCCGUUCUUUUCCAAAAUCAAUCACCCCAUCCUUCAUCCCCCUUUACUCACAAUGGCAGAGUGUAUGUAACCAUUCAUUAACUGAAGACCGAACAGGGUCUUAUCUAUUUUCUAUUGUUUUAUAUCUAUCUCUGUAACUGCUAGAGUCAAAACGGCUGCCAAGUCUGGAGACUGGCUCCAUCCCAUCCUUCUUCCUCAUCCAGUUUGUCCGGUUUAUGUUCCUCUCCGUCCUCCUCCUCCCAGUAUCUACCUGUUCUUUCUAAAUGUUAUUGUAAAGUGUUCCAGUGAGAUGACUCUAAAUAUGUGUACAUUAACAGAGGGGAAUACACUUGGUUAUAUACUUCUUA